AAUGCAAUUAUCAAAGGCUCUUUCACUUCGCCGAGUGCUAAACAGCGGUUUCCACCCGUUUCAAGUCAUCCCGAAGCCCGAUGUGUGGAUGAAACGAGAACGGCUCAAUCGAUUCACGGCGUGGCAAUACGCAUCAGAACGGAGCACAGUAAAGGGAGCCUAUCGGAAAGAAGACAAAAUCUUCGCGUAUUUAAAUAUGCAGCGGCAAGAUGAGCGAAAUCUCGAGAAAUUCCAUGCCGAAGAACGAGUUCGAACCGCGUUGGAGGAACACGACAUGGAAUACUCGAAAUUUAAAUCGAUUUUAUCGCAAUCUCACAUUCUGCUCGACAAUAUUUGCCUAUCACAGCUAGCGAUUUACGAGCCAAGAUCCUUCAGAAGCCUCGUCGCGUUCGCCAAAGAACUCGCUCGUCAGGAGGGCAUGAACGUUAUUCCAGAUGAUGCCGAGUUUUCCUACGAUGUCCACGUGGACAACAAGUCAGUGCUCAGGAAACCUCUGCCACGAGCCGUCGAAUACACACGUGGAGCAUCGGAAAAUCACACGAAUAAGCCGAGAAAGCUGCGUGAAGACGAGUAUUAGAUGGAGAUUUUGCUGUUUUUUUUUUUUAAUAGAAUAUUGAUUUUUGUUUCCGUUUCAGAAGAAUAAAGUUGUUGAUUUG